AUGUUGCAUGAAGCAAGGGACAGGCAGAAGUUCGUCUGUGAUGUUCAAUAUCUGCGGGACAUGCAGCAUAAGGCGGACUCUGAAUAUCAGGCUUGUUUGAGACGACAGGAAUACAGAAGAGACCCAAAUGAGAAGAAACGAGACCCAUUUGAGGGGCAAGAGACAAACUUUGAGAGAUCCCGGUUUUCAAGCGGGUCAUCUUCCAAACAGAGUUCCAGUGAGGAGGACCCUCUGACCGAGCCAAGAUCAUCCACCAAGAUAUCUGCACUUAAGAGUGAUUCCCGAUUUCCAGCAAUUGACCAAACUUCGGUCAAGCAGAAACAUAAAAGUACCAUGACUUCAAAGAAACCAGAGAAAGUGGACCCCGGCAAACCCUCUCCAGCAGCCCAGGCACCAAAGAUUUUAUUAAGGAAGAGGAGAUCAAACCUGAGGAGAUUGACGGUCAGCCCAGAAACACACUGCCCAAGAGUAUCUGGGGACAGAAGCAGACAGAAAUUGCAGCUGCCAGCAAAGACACAGGCUGUCAGGAGAGCAGAUCCAGUAGUUCGACAAGAAGGCCCGAUGUGGGCAGGUGACACUAAGCUGAAGAGGUCAACUCGAGAGAGAAGAAACUCAGUCCCAUCCUCACAGCUGAUGCUGACAGCUGAGAACCCCUCUGAGAGACCCAAAAAAGGAAACCCAAGUGCUCUCUUCCAGAAUGAGCCACAUUCAGUCAUAUCCCAGGCCUUCCAAGGAAGAAAUAGUCCCCAAGUGUUGAGGGCGUCCUUGGGGCCACCACUCAUCCCCACCACCGUCGGAGGGCCAAGAAAGACACCAUGUGGGUUUAGAGAUGAAGAUUUUUAUUCCAUUUUAUCAUUAAACACUGGGAGAGAAAACGAUGACACUGAAGAGGAAACCCAUAAAGAGGAAGAAAUUCCGGUGGUUGGUAUGCACCCACCCCGUUGUCCUUCCAAACAUAAAAGUAGAUUUCUUGGGACAUCAGUCACUCAGGCCCAAAGUAAACAUUUUGAAGAAAAUGCUGAAAAUCACAGAGGUAAUUCUUUAAGAAGAAGUGAGCCCCGUCAUGAUUCAAUAGGAACAAGCAACACAGUAGAGCCAGUGACAGAGCAGCCUUCUGUCGGGCAAAGGAUGUUCCAAGGCCCCAGGCUGCCUGAUGGGGAGUCUGCUAAAGACAAUGACGGUGGUGGCGGUGAAGAUGAGAAAGAGAUGUUUCAUUCAUGGGACACCAAAUCCAAACCCAGACGAGACAAUGGUCUCAGUGCUGAAAAUGUGUCUAGUGAUUGUAUUUCCACAGAAGACAGGCCUGGUACCCAUGAUUAUGAAAGAGAUGGGCAAGACUACUUAAAUAGUUCUAGAAAUUCUCUUGACUACUUUUCUUCUGGUAGACCAACAGCUCCAAGAUCAUCAAUGAAUUCAUCUUAUAACACUCCUGGAUCAUUAGUGCAUUCCGCUCUGAGAGAUGAUAUUCCAAUAGACUUGUCACUGUCCCCUACUUUAGUUCACAGUUCAGACUCAGAGAGGAACUCAAGGUUUAAUGUCUGCCAACCACUGUCCCCCACUAGAAAUAGGAAUCCAUUUGCAAGGGCUGAAAAUCACAAUGAUUUUCCACUAAAUGAUGCCCAUGAAUUUGAUGUCAGGGGAGCAGAAGAUGUCACUUCCACAAACCAACCUCUGGAGGCUCCAUUGUAUGCAGAAGAUCUCUUACAAAAUCCUCACGGCAGUUUGUCCUUAGUGGAUUCUUCCAGCUCCUCUCCAUCAGGAAUGAACUCACGAGGCCACUUGCAUGUGUCUGGGUCCCUGCAAGAAAAUAUACCUUUUACUUUCUUUGCCGUGUCUGAUUUCCCAAAUCAAAAUGAUAACGAGAACAGAAUGACAGCCUCUGGAUUCACAGAUAAAAAGGGGGCCACUAAGAUAAAGGCGGACCCGGAGAAACUCAAGAAAUUACAAGAAAGUCUCCUGGAGGAGGACUCAGAGGAGGAAGGAGACUUGUGUCGCAUCUGUCAGAUAGCCGGGGGUUCCCCAACCAACCCCCUCCUGGAGCCUUGCGGCUGUGUGGGAAGCCUGCAGUUUGUUCAUCAGGAGUGCCUGAAACAGUGGCUGAAAGUGAAAAUAACAUCAGGAGCAGAUCUGGGAGCUGUGAAGACCUGUGAGAUGUGUAAGCAAGGCCUGCUGGUCGACCUGGAUGACUUUAACAUGACUGAGUUCUACCAGAAGCACCAGCGAUCCCGGGCACAAAACGAGCUGAUGAAUUCAGGCUUGUGCCUGGUGCUGCUGCUUCACCUCUAUGAACAGAGGUUUGCGGAACUCAUGAGACUCAACUAUAACUGGGUUGCGAGAGAGAGGUUGUCAAGAAAUUACCCACAACCCAGACCGGAAGAAAAUGAAAAUUCCGAGUUGGGAGAUGGAAAUGAAAGUAGCAUUUAUCAAAGCCGGGUCAUCUAG